AAAUCCCUUGUCGUGCUGUGGGUCUCAUUGUUCUCUUUGGGGUUCUCAUCAUCUUGGUAUCAGAGCAUCAAAUCCUAAAUCAGGUUUCAAUCAUGUCAAGCAGUGAUGACAAAUCAACCACUAGAAGCCACCAUGUGGAUGAAUCCUUCAUGCUCAAAGCAAUGCAACAACAAUUUCAGAGGCUGGACAUCAUGAAUGAUGCUAAUGACGAUUUUGAUGACGAUUAUGAAGAUGCAUUCAACAAUGAGCCCAAAACUCAAAACAUGGACAGAAUUAUGAGAGGUAGCAUCAAGAUGAAGAUUCCUCCAUUUCAAGGCAAAAAUGAUCCAGAUGUGUAUUUGGAGUGGGAAAAGAAGGUGGAAUUGGUGUUUGAUUGCCAUAACUAUUCUGAGAAGAAAAAGGUGAAACUAGCAGCGGUGGAAUUUACUAAUUACGCUGUGGUGUGGUGGGAUCAGCUUGUGCUUAGUUUCACUACUACCGUGAUCUCUAUCAGCGAUUGCAAGGCCUUACUUAAAGGUCCAAAAGUGUUGAGGAUUAUCACAAAGAGAUGGAAAUUGCAAUGGCGAGCUUUGAAUGUGCAAGCCAAAGAAGAUGAUGAAGUACAACGUGACAAUAUAUUUCACAUGAGGUGCCAUGUCAAAUACAAGGUAUGUAGUGUGAUUAUUGAUGGUGGUAGUUGUACUAAUGUAGCUAGCACUGUUUUGGUUGAAAAGCUAAAUAUGACAAAGCAUCCAAGGCCAUAUAAGCUGCAAUGGUUAAACGAUUGUGGAGAAAUCAAGGUAAAUAAGCAAGUUCUGGUUUCAUUCUCUAUUGGACGAUAUAAGGAUGUGGUACUUUGUGACGUGGUUCCUAUGCAUGCUGGACAUUUACUUUUAGGGAGACCAUGGCAAUAUGAUAGGAGGGUAACACAUGAUGGCUUCAAAAAUCGCUAUUCAUUUGUGAUGGAGUGGAAAACAAUUACUCUUGCACCAUUGAGCCCAAGGCAGGUUUAUGAGGAUCAACUGAGAGUAAAAAAAGAGAGUGAGCUGAGAAAUGAGAGUGAGCUUGAGGGUAUGAAAAACAAAGAGAAAACAGCAGAAAAAGAGUCCAAAAAGAGAGAAAAGAUUGAGAGCAUUGAAAACAAAGAGAGAAAAUCAGUGAGUGUUUAUGCAAAAGAAAGUGAUGUCAAGGCUACGUUCUUUGCAAAGCAGCUUGUGUUUGUGCUUCUGUAUAAAGAUGCUUAUUUCAACUCUAACGAACUUAAUGAUUCUUUGCCUAGUGUUGUUAAAUCUCUUUUGCAGGACUUCAAGGACGUGUUUCCAGAAGACAUCCCUAAUGGUUUACCACCAAUAAGAGGAAUUGAGCAUCAAAUUGACUUUAUUCCAAGUGCAACAAUUCCGAACCGACCAGCAUAUCGAAGCAACCCCAAUGAGACGAAAGAACUUCAAAAGCAGGUUGAAGAACUCAUGAAGAAGGGGCAUGUGAGAGAAAGCAUGAGUCCAUGUGCAGUUCUAAUGCUACUUGUGCCUAAGAAGGAUGGGACUUGGAGUAUGUGCGUUGAUUGUUGUGCUGUCAACAAAAUCACUGUAAAGUAUCGUAUCCCUAUUCUUAGAUUAGAUGACAUGUUAGAUGAACUACAUGGUUCUUGCAAAAUCUGCUCAAUAAGGCCAUUUAAAGCUUCUCGCAUCUUCCUAGCUCUAGCUCUCAUGACUGGAUCUCCUAGAAUGUCACUUAACUAUCCUACAUAUGACAAAGAGAUGUACGCAUUGGUAAGGGCCUUAGAAACGUUGCAGCAUUAUCUUUGGCCUGAGGAGUUCGUGCAUACUAAUCAUGAGUCGUUGAAGCACCUCAAGGGACAAGGUAAGUUGAAUAGACGACAUACUAAGUGGGUGGAAUUCCUUGAGACAUUUCCCUAUGUGAUCAAGUACAAGCAAGGAAAAGAAAACAUUGUGGCUAAUGCAUUAUCUCACAGGAGGUUGCGACAAAACAUAGAGCAACGAACUAAGCAAUAUGCAAAUCAAGCCAACAAAGGGCACAAGAAAGUUGUGUUUGAACCUGGACAUUGGGUUUGGGUGCAUAUUCGGAAGGAGCGAUUCCUUGCACAAAGGCAUUAUAAGUUGCAACCAAAAGGCGAUGGAUCAUUUCAAGUGAUUGCAAGGAUAAAUGACAACACAUACAAGUUGGAGCUUCCUGGUGAGUAUAAUGUUAGUGCUACUUUUAAUGUUUCUGAUCUUUCUCCUUUUGAUGUAGGUGACGAUUUGAGGACAAAUCCUUUUAAGGAGAGAGGGAAUGAUGGGAAUCAAGAUGACCCCACAUGUACCACGUCAAGAGAUCCAUUACACAUUCUAGGAGGUCUAGUCACGAGAGCUAGAGCUAAGAAGAUGCGAGAAGCUUUAAAUGGCCUUAUUGAGCAGAUCUGGGUUGAUAGCAACAUGCAACAAGUAAAUCGAAGCUUGGAUGAUUAUCAAGGCAUGGUAAACAUCAUUCAGAUUCAAGAGAAGCUCAAUUGAGGGCUUGUAACCCUAAUUGGGGGGAGGCUAUUGAAUCUGAGAUUUUGAGAGACUUUUCUCUUUGGUUCGUUUUAGAACUUUACAGAACUUAUCAAGAUUAUUCUUGUGGCAUUCUAACCUGACUUAUCAUUCUUGUUUUCUUAAUCGUUCAAGAGUGUGGUAUCAACCAACUUUAUACCUCUGGUUCUUGUUGCGUCAUAGACAAAGGGUCAAGGUUUGUACCUUUAGUUCUUGUUGUGACAUAAACAAUGGGUCAAGGUCCUAUUAUAAACCUGAUUUAGCUUU